AUCUAUCUACUGUGUGUGUGUGUUCAAGUAAUCUUUAUUAUCAUCUCGACCUUGACGCUGUUUGCCCCCAAUCCGCUCGCCAUCUAUCAUGUUCUAACCUUCAAGCCCCCCACCCCGCAAUCACUUUGUGUCGUUUGCCUCCGUCUGGACUUGCCAAGAUGUCCGUACUCCGCCAUGGAGGUUCAUACCUCCAACGACGCCUCACCAAGAUGUAUACCGACACCAAGACCUCAUGUGAGAGCGUCACUACGGUUCCAAAUGCGGCAGAUGAUCCAGAGCUCCUCAUUCUGCACCGAGAAUUCAAGACUCAGAGGGACAGGCUGUUAGCUUGGGGUCUGGACUGGAGCGACGCUAGUGCCGCCCAACCUAAUGAUAUCGACGAAUCCCUAACUCAGGCUGGCUUUAGCGAUGUUGUGGAAAGCGUGAUGUCCUCCAUUCAAGAUCUGCUCAAUGAGGCUGAGCGUCUUCAGCAGAAAGGCACCUCCGAUCUACCGCCCAAGGGUGGGAAAGUGGACGCCGCCUCCAAGGACGGACUCGGCAGUCUACCGUCCAAAACCAAUUGGACUAGUGUCGAGAUCAGUCGCUCGAAGACCCUUCUUUCUGAUUUGACGGCGUGUAUCGAUAUUCUGUACGAUCUCUCACGCUCCCGCCGGGAUAUGACUGCCAGCUCGCAGUCUUCGGGUAAGGGGCGUACUAAGUCCUAUCCUCCUAUCCAGGCAGCUACCCCCGGAGAUGAUUCUGCAUAUUCAAUUUAUCCGGAAUCGAAGACGUACCAUAGUGCGUCAUGUGAUAAUAAGUCGCAACAUGAAAUGCUUGACUAUUCCCCAUUCACAAACCUACGUGCGAUUAACACCCAAUCCCCCGUUUUUGAGCACCCCAAGUUCGAAAGGAGUUUCAGUAAGGCAGCCUUUGAGUCAAGGAGUUUUCUUAUUGACCGGUCGGCUCUGCAACUGUCUGGGGCAUCGCACGACAACAAUCCGCCACCCUAUGAAAUGGUAGCUGCGUCAACCAACUCGAGAGUUCUUGGCCGGAUGAAGACAUCCGCUUUACCAUUUCUACACGAGAUCAAGGACUCCACCGUCAGCAUUUUAGUGGAGUAUACCCCUAUGGUGCUUGAAGCUUCGGGGGAACCCACCUAUCCAGGAGAUUCGCGCCUCGAGCACGUACAUCAGGCCCUCGAUCAACUAGUUCAGAAUGCCAGGGUAUCCCAUCUCAGUCUGCUGAAGUUUCUAGGUUAUUAUAUCGACCGAGCAAACUCCCGUUAUGCCUUUGUUUAUCAAAUGCCCGUGGACUAUUUCCCCUUCCUCCAGAACCCUACCGACCUCUUGAACGCGUUGAAGCCAAAGCCCUUGGUUUCACUAUUGCAAUCUAGCGAAGACUAUCCUGUUCCCAAUUUGGAGACCAGACUUCGCCUUGCUUACGAUCUUCUGAUGGCCAUCUUGCAGCUCAGAAGCCAGAAUCUUAUUCACGGAAACAUCAACAGCAGCAACGUUCUCAUUUUCCCUGGCUUGACAGACUCAAAUAAGGAAGAGGCUGGGCUUACGGAAAACCUACGCCGCCCAUAUUUAACAUCGUUUGCCCAGUUUUCCGGGAAUAACCCGUCUCCUGAACCCUUAUCCUCAAGUAUGUACCGUCAUCCCGAUGACAAGCGGUCUAUCGAGGACGACGCAGCCUGGGCCUACGACCUCUAUUCUCUCGGAUUGGUUCUAAUGGAGAUUGGACUGUGGACCCCAAUCAGCCGCCUUUGGAAGUUGAAGUACAACAACUCCAUGUUCAAGCAAAGAGUCGAGAAUGUCUAUCUGCAGAAGCUCGGCCCGAAGUGCGGCAGCGCAUUCUUUCAUGUGGUCCAGCUUUGUAUUGAUGCCCCCAAUUUUCAUCUGUCAACUCAGCCGUUCGACGACCUAAACCUCAGAAUACCUCAAGUCUAUCACUAUCCUGUUCUCGAUCUUUCUGCCCCCGACAGCACCUUUUCAUUUUCCAUGAAUUUCAUCUAUACUCUGAGCAAAAUUGUCUGGUCAUGCUGCAGGAUAGAUAUCUUUUCUGCACCAGGUGCAGAGGAGUUGGAUGACUGUCUUCCCCUGGCUCUUGUUCCAGGAUCUGCUGCGGCAAAAGAAGCAUCGCGAGAGUACAAAAUGCCCGUUCAACCCACACCAUUUAGGGAACCUCUAGCCACAGUUCCUAUCCCUGAGAUGAAACUGAUGAAACUAGGAUCUGAGGAAAGGAGAGUCAAGAAGCGGACUUUCAAAAAGUUGACAAACGUUGAAAUUCCCCAAGAGCAUCUCAACGAGUGGAACUUUCACAUGUUGCCACGCUUCCGAAAGCUUCUCCAGAAAAUACUCAAGGACUCAUCAGAAUCAUGCGGUGUCACGCUUAUGAUGACUGGUGAAGCGAUGGAAAGCGCCAAGACAACCAUCUGUGUGACUUGUACCAGUGUAAAGAAAGUCCGCGCAGCUUUGAAAAAAUAUUUUGCUCUGGAUAGAGACGAUUGGGAUCUGCUUGUUCUGCGGGGAGAUAUCGAACGAUCCAAGGUACCGCGAAAGAAGCGUCGUCGGCCAGCCAAGUCCAGUGUUCAGAGUACAGUCGGACCCAGCCUCUUGCCACAAGAUCCUAAUCCCUGCUUUCAGCCACGGCCUCUCUGUGGUGCAUCCAUCGGUGCUUUCAUGAACGAGGAGCAUCUUCCCCCCGUGACUUAUGGUGGUGCCAUCCUGGUCGAUGGCAUUCCCUACGGCAUGACAGUUCAUCACAUGCUUGAGGCACCUAGUGAUCAGGAGGGUGUGGGUUAUUAUCACGAUGAAGAUGCCAAUGAUGCUCCUCUUCGAUCAGCUGGGAAUUGGCCUCGUGAGCCCACAUUCCAAGAUCCUCAGUUAUCGUUCUCCUGGUGUGACGAGGACCCGCCUGAGCAUAAUCUGGAGUUCGAAAUCUCCGAUGAUGAGGAUGGGGACGACUAUUAUGAUGACUAUAACCUCUCGGAUGGAUACUCAUCAGAUGAAGCUGACGAUGAUGCCGCUUACGAUGACGAAGACGCGGCCUCGAUAGGGGAUACCGCGGGUAUUGAGCCCGGGGAAGAGCCUCCACUCUUUGUAACUCAACCUGCCAUUGACGAUGUUCGGGAUGACUUCUUCCCAAGUCCCGAAGAUCGAGACGAUGAGCACCUCGCCUCUCACUCUUUUGGAUACGUUCACGCAUCCUCUGGUGUCCGCCGCUGGACACGCAGAGGUAUUAAACAUGAGAUCGAUUGGGCAUUGAUCAAAAUUAACAAUGACCGUAUGGAUCCACGCAAUAUUGUCUAUGACAAAAUCCCGUCGCCUAGGGCAGGCCAUAUGCGACGCAGACUCGGUGACCAAGACCCACCAGCACAGCGAGACCCCAUCUACUUAAACGAUAUAGCGCGACUAGAAGAUCUCGGUGGCUUAAAUGUCCAUUGUUGCGGUCGGACCAGCGGAUUACAAACGGGGCAGAUAUCCAAAGCGAUGACAAUCGUCAAGUUUCACGGCCGACAAACUUUUUCAACCAGCUUCGGGGUGGAUGGGAACUUCGGAGUUCCGGGAGAUUCAGGCGCAUGGGUAUUUGAAAAAUCCACGGGCCGUGUUUGCGGCCACGUCCUUGCCUGGUCCGAGAAGAGUCGAACAGCCUACAUCGCCCCGAUGGAAGUCCUCCUAGAGGAUAUCGCUCGAACCCUCAACGCAACAUAUGUCGCUCUCCCUGGUAGCCAUGACGAAUCUCUUGCCCUUGCUAUGCCACACUCUUCUCCCAUCCCGCAGAACCCAAGAUACCGCUCUCCGCUCCCUUUACCCGAUCAGCUCCCCGUCGACCUGAACCGUCAACUCCGUCUAGAUGACCCCGGCGUAGGUUCUGUCAACACUAGUCACGGCCUCAGAAAUGUCUCAACCCCUUAUCGAAGCAUGCCACCUAUCUUGACGCCUCCCCGCAGUCUCGAAAGACAGCUUGCUUAGCACGCAUUCUCUCCACCCGCCAUUUGUCCUUUGCCACCUCUGUCCUCCUUCUCACAUUUUCCCACUACGUCUAUUUAUCUCUAUAUACAACAAACCUGUGCAUGACCAGCCCAGCCGUGCUUUGAUACCCCAUCCUCCACAACAUCAGGCCAAACUCGCCGUUCCCUCCGAUGAAGCGAGGGGCCGGUUGAAUGAAUAAACCUAACCUAAUGGAUGGAUGAACAACUGUUAAUGUUUUCUAUGACUAUUCAUGAGUGGAUUGCAGAAAUAAUACCCCCUUUUUUCUCCCCUUUUUUUUUUUUUC